AUGGAACUUACUCACAUCUUAGCUGCAAACUUCGCCCUUCUCCUAUUUCUCUAUGCUCUCUUUCAUAUUGCAUGGACAUCCAUCACUCACCGCACGAACAAAAGACUCCCACCAGAAGCCGGUGGUGCUUUGCCAGUGAUAGGCCACCUCCAUAAACUAAGCACAACCGAGCCAACCCACAAAACCUUGGCCAAAAUGGCCGACGCCUACGGACCAAUCUUCACCAUAAGAUUAGGCAUGAGUAGAGCCCUUAUCGUGAGCAAUUGGGAAAUAGUGCGAGAGUGCUUUACCACAAACGACAGAAUCUUCGCUUCCCGCUCAAAAACUCUUGCCUCAAAGCUACUCGCCUACAACUACGCAGCGGUGGGGGUUAGCUCCUACGGUCCAUAUUGGCGCCAUGUACGCAAAAUAACCACGCUUAAGCUCCUCACGAACCACCGCCUCGAGCAGCUCCAACACAUUAGAAUAUCCGAGGUUCAAAGUUCAAUCAAGAAACUACAUGAAUUAUGUGCCGACAAGGGAUCAAAUGGGAAAGUGUUGGUGGAGAUGAAGACGUGGUUUGGGGACCUAACUUUGAAUACAAUAUUCAAGAUGGUGGUGGGAAAGCGAUUCAGCACUGAUUUUGAAGGCAGUGAUGCGGCGCAGUGUAGAGAGGCGUUGAGGGAUUUUCUUGAGCUGUUUGGGGUAUUUGUUCCUUCAGAUUCGUUCCCAUUUCUAAGUUGGUUGGAUGUUGGAGGGUAUAAGAAGGCCAUGAAGAGGACGGCGAAGGUGCUGGACGAGAUGCUUGCUAAAUGGGUCGAAGAGCAUCGAGAAAAGAAGAAGAAUUUGGGUGAAGGUGGAGUGAUCACAAUGGAGCAUGACUUCAUGGAUGGGAUGCUCUCUACUAUCAACGGUGCCGGAGAGUUGGCUGGUUUUGAUGUCGAUACGGUCACCAAAGCCACUUGUUUGACCGUACUAUUGGGUGGAGGUGAUAGUACAUUGAUAACUAUGACAUGGGCUCUUUCUCUACUCCUCAACAACGAAGAGGCACUGAAGAAAGCUCAACUUGAAUUAGAUGAAAAAGUCGGAAGAUCGAGACAAGUGAAAGAAUCUGAUGUCAACAAUUUACCAUAUCUCCAAGCUAUUGUGAAGGAGACGUUGCGUUUGUAUCCUGUAAUGCCGUUGUUGUUAUCUCAUGAAUCUGUAGAAGAUUGUACGGUUUCAGGCUAUCAUAUUCCUGCAAAGACACGUCUAAUAGUGAAUGUUCAAAAGCUACAAUUAGACCCAAAUGUCUGGGAGAAUCCUUCUGAAUUUCGACCAGAAAGGUUUUUAACGAACCACACAAAGUUUGAUAUGAGAGGACAAAAUAUGCAACUAAUGCCUUUUGGAAGUGGCCGAAGGAUGUGUCCUGGAAUCUCGUUUGCCCUUCAACUUAUACAUUUUGCUCUUGCAAGUCUACUUCAUGAAUUUGAAAUUGGUAGGCCAUCAGAAGAAUUACUUACUAUGGAAGAGGGAUUUGGAUUAACUCUUCCACGAAAAACUCCAUUGGAAGUUGUUUUACGUCCACGCCUUUCUAAUGAAGUUUACGAAUAAUUUUGAAAUUAAGUUGAGGACAACAAAUGAAACUAUUUGUAAAAGUAUGGUGUAAUGUGAUUAUUAUCCUAAAGUGUAUAGGUAAAAUAAGU